UUUGACGCCGAAUUUCGACGCUUCGCCAUGAAGCGCUCUGGCACAGGCAGCUUCCAGGACUUUUACCACCUGCUGCAGACGGUGCACCAGAUCCCACGGGUGGAUGUGCUCCUGGGCUACACGGAUGUCCACGGUGACCUCCUGCCCAUCAACAACGACGACAACUACCACAAAGCCCUAUCCUCUGCCAACCCCCUGCUCAGGGUCAUCAUCCAGAAGAAGGAGUCUGAUGCCAGUGUCUUUGCCUCAAACUCCUUGCAGCGAAAGAAGAAGGGCCUGCUGCGCCCUGCACACUAUCGGACCAAGACCCACCUCCUCAUUGGCAUGCCCCAGGACUUCCGACAGAUCUCCUCCAUCAUCGACGUGGACAUCCUGCCUGAGACCCACCGCCGCGUGCGGCUCCACAAGCACGGCUCUGACAAGCCACUGGGCUUCUACAUCCGUGAUGGUGUCAGCGUGCGAGUGGCCCCGCAUGGCGUUGAGAAGGUGCCUGGGAUCUUCAUCUCCCGCCUGGUGAAGGGUGGCUUGGCCGAGAGCACGGGGCUGCUGGCCGUGAGUGACGAGAUCCUGGAGGUCAAUGGCAUUGAUGUGGCCGGCAAGUCCCUGGACCAGGUGACGGACAUGAUGGCCGCGCGCAGCCCAGGCUUGCCCCCGUACACCCCCCCCAGCCAGCAGACACCCAGCCCGGCCUCGCAGUACCUGAGCAACUACAGCACAGCUGAGAGCGAUGAGGAGGGUGACCUGGUCAUCGAGAGUGACAGCGCACCCCACUACAUCCCUGAAGGCUGCCCCAACAGGGGCCCCGUGGACCAACCCCUCCAGCAGCGCCCAUCCCCACGCAGCUCCCAGGGCUCCCUCCCGUCCCGCGCCAUCAACGCUGGGAGCCCCGGCCGGGGCAGCGGGCAGGAGUAUGGCACCUUCCUCACCCUAUAG